AUGGCAGUACCUGUACUAUAUCAACCUCCUGAUGGAGGCUGGGGCUGGGUAGUGAUUGGAGCAGCUUUUGUCUCUAUUGGCUUUUCAUAUGCACUCCCUAAAGCCAUCACAGUGUUCUUCAAAGAAAUUCAGUUAGUAUUCAACACUUCAUUCAGUGAAGUAGCAUGGAUUUCAUCCAUUAUGCUGGCUGUUAUGUAUGCAGGAGGUCCCAUAAGUAGUAUUUUGGUGAAUAAUUUUGGUAGCCGGCCAGUGGUAAUGACAGGAGGUUUGUUAUGCUGUUUUGGAUUUAUUAGUGCCUCUUUUAGUAAGAGUAUAUUGCAUCUUUACAUCACUGUUGGAUUCAUUGGAGGUAUAGGUUUGGCCUUCAACCUACAACCAGCCUUAGCAAUAAUUGGUAGAUAUUUCUACAAGAAACGCCCUUUAGCAAAUGGAUUGGCCAUGGCAGGAAGCCCUGUUAUUUUAAGUACAUUGGCCCCUUUAAGUCAGUACCUUUUGAAUAAUUAUGGCUGGAAAGGAAGCUUUCUGAUUUUGGGAGGUUUAUUGUUGAAUACCUGUGUGUCUGGAUCACUCAUGAGACCACUUGACCAUCACGAAAUCUCUUUCAGUGCUAAAAAUAAAAUUAAAGGAAAAAAUAAACAGGAAAACGUAAAGUCAAGACGCCCCAAAACAUCAAUAAGUGAAUCAAUGAAUAACAGUUUAGAUUUCUCUCUUUUUAAACAUAGGGGUUUUUUAACUUACUUAUCUGGCAAUGUCAUCAUGUUUCUGGGCUUUUUUGCCCCAAUUUUAUUUUUGACUUUAUAUGCUAAAGAUAAGGGAAUAGAUGAGUAUUCUGCAGCUUUUUUACUAUCCGUUUUGGCUUUUGUUGAUAUGUUUGCUAGGCCUUCUGCAGGAUUAAUUGCAAACACUAAAUAUAUCCGACCUCAAAUCCAGUACUUCUUCGGUUUUGCAGUCAUGUUUACUGGAGUGUGUCAUCUCUUAUUUCCACUGGCACAAACCUAUACUAGUAUGUUGGUUUAUGCUGUAUUUUUUGGCCUUGGAUUUGGGAGUGUUAGCAGUGUCCUUUUUGAAACUCUCAUUGAUCUUGUUGGUGCCUCAAAGUAUUCUAGUGCUGUGGGACUCGUCACAAUCGUCGAAUGCUGCCCAGUUCUUCUUGGUCCUCCCCUUGCUGGUAAAUUGGUGGAUUACACUAGAAGUUAUACAUACAUGUAUAUCACCUGUGGAGUUAUUGUGGUCAUAGCAAGUGUGUGGCUGCUUAUUGGCAAUGCUAUAAACUAUAGAUUGAUCAAACAGGAAAAUGAACUGAAACCGUCAAAGAAGAAAUUUAAUAACAAUGAAACAAACCUAUCUGACUCUUUAAAACAUGCCAAAACUAAGAAAACUGCAAUUAUUUCCUCAGAAAGAGAAACUGAUAUUUAAAAGAAUUAUAUCUUU